AUGGAAGGAGAGAGUUCUUUCUUAGUGGUGGCUCCACCAGUGUUUGAUGGAGAGAACUACCAGGUGUGGGCAGUAAGAAUGGAAGCUUUUUUGGAAGCGUGUGAUUUGUGGGAUGCUAUAGAGGAGGAUUAUGAGGUACCUCCUUUACCAGGAAACCCAAUAGUGGCUCAGAUCAAAACACACAAGGAGAAAAAGACUAAAAAAUCCAAAGCGAAGAAUUGUCUUUUUGCUGUAGUUUCUCCUAACAUCUUCAGUAAGGUCAUGUCAUUUGGUUCAGCUAAAGCCAUCUGGGAUUUUCUGAAGAAAGAAUAUAAAGGAGAUGAAAGAAUCAGAGGAAUGAAGGUGCUGAAUCUGGUUAGGGAAUUUGAAAUGCAGCAAAUGAAGGAGUCAGAAACGGUCAAAGUGUAUGUAGAGAGGCUGUCUGGCAUUGCAAAUAAGGUAAGGAUACUUGGAGAUAAAUUUAUGGACAAUAGAAUUGUUCAAAAAAUACUUGUAUCCUUACCUGAAAGAUAUGAGGCAACUAUUGCUUCUUUGGAAAAUACUAAAGAUCCGUCAAAUAUCACUUUGGCAGAAUUAGUAAGUGCGUUGCAGGCACAGGAACAAAGAAGAAUGAUGAGACAAAAAGGAACCACGGAGGGAGAUUUACAAGCCAAAUGGCAGCAGAAUUCUGGAGAUAAAAACAAAAAGUGGAGAGGAAAGAAAGGAGCAGCAGGCAAUUCAGAAAAUGCUGCCACUGAAAGCAACUCCAACACUAGCAGCAAAGGAGGAAAAUUCCCUCAUUGUCAGCAUUGUGGCAGAAAAAACCAUCCUCAUUACAAGUGUUGGAGAAAGCCUGACAUGAGAUGUAGAAAGUGUAAGAAGCUUGGGCAUGCGGAGAUAAUUUGCAAAGAGAAAGAAACACAACAGUAG